AAGAUACAGUUACCUAAAGUAAUGUAACGUUUUAUUAAUAGCCUGUUGUAAUCUGGAUUUGUGCAACCGCACAGCAUUGUGGGUCUUGUAGGAAAGACGCUCCCAGUUUUCUCUUGCUUUUAGGAGAUUGACGGUAGAUGUAAACUACAUUUCCCAAGAGGCCUUUUGCUUUAAUGCAAGUUACGCUGUCCAGAGACCGGCUUUGCAUUAAAUGGGCGGCGUGCGGAAGAAACGCCUUGUAACUGGUAACUGGUAACAAUCAGCUGGAAAUGGAAAAUGACGAUAAAUCUAUUGAUGAGAGAAGAUUUGAAGCAGCUGUUAAAGUGAUGAGGAAACUGCCUGAAGAUGGAACAUUUGAACCAUCUGAUGAGAUGCUGGCACUGUUUUACAGUUACUAUAAGCAGGCGACCGUAGGGCCGUGUAAUACAACCAAACCCAACGCAUGGGACUCAAUUGGUAAAGCCAAAUGGGAAGCAUGGAAAGCAUUAGGAGAAAUGACGAAGGAGCAAGCCAUGAAGGAGUACAUUCAGGAGAUCCAGCUGAUAUUGGAAAUGAUACCAGUUACAGAAGAAAUGGUGGAUUUGAUGGAUGAGCUGGAUCCAUUUUAUGAAGUAGUGGAAGACGAGGACGAUGACGUCAACAGCAACCCUGCAACACUGGCAAUCGAAGCAGGGAUGAGUUGGGAUGAAGAACCAGAGAACAAUGCAGGUUGGGCCAGUUCUUUGGAAGAUGAAGAUGAAGAGGAUGGAGUGGAGCUGGAGGACAGCAGUGAAGGUGGAGUAGGGAAGGACGAGAGAGUACCGCCGGCGCUGUGUAACGGAAGUGCAGAGGUUUCCUCUCUGACCAACGACACACACAGCUCCCUGAACACAGAGCAGGAAGAGGAGGAGCUAGCCUGCAGCACAGAGAACUCAAGCCAGGACCCUCAGGAUGUUUAUCCCUGCACCGACUACAUCAGCGAUGAAGUCCCUGAGUGUGAAGUUAGCAGUGACUCAGUGGAAUGUGCAACACCUCAAGAGGGUUUAAGGGUUUCCAGGGGCCGGUUGGCAGGGCCCGAGGCAUUUGGAGCCAGAAGACUGGAGGAUCCCAGAGGAAGCCAGGAUGCAAAACGGCAGGAGACCCUCCUCCCCAUCCCUGUGGCAGCUGGGCCAGUCCAGUCUGAGAGAGACUCAGUGGACAGAGGAAGGGAUGAACAUCAUUUAGGUGGAUCUCAAAUCGUAGAUGCUGUUGGGAAAACACUGAAAGGUCAUGAAGUCCCGCAGUGUGUAGAGAAAACCAAACACCGUGUGAACACACAGAUCACCUCAGCAUUAUCACGGCUACAGGAUGACAUGCAGAACGUGCUGCAGAGACUGAACACACUAGAAGCUCUGACUGCAGCUCAGGAUGAAGCUUUUCCUCCUGAACAAGACCCUCAUUCAGCUUCAGUAAAAAAGCGAUUUCCCUGGUGGCCUCAGGACACGUCUCCUGUAACUGUAGCUCUGGCUCUUAUCUGGCCUUUUGCUGUGAACUGGCUGGUGCAGAUUUAUCUUCAGAGGAAGAGGAGGAGGAUAAAAUGAAGACGAUGCUGUGAACGUAUCCGAAUUCAGGUGGAGCCCUCAGUGACAAUCAGCCUCUUUCUACAGUAUUUAUAAUAUUACAGUGUAAAAAUGUAUUAAAGAUACAUAUACAGAUUAGCAUAAAUAAGUUAAAAAUAACAAUAAUUCUCAUUUUAAUAAAGUGGCUAAGAACUAGAGUUCGUUUAAAGAACAAAGCUUGGUUCAGUUCCAUCACCUGUAUACUGAUAAACCCUAAAACACUGAUUUAUUAAACCAAGUGUUGGUUUAGUGAGUGGAGGAUAACCACAGCGAAUACACUCAUGAGUUGAGUUUUGGAGAUGUUAUAUAUGUUAUAUAUAUUAUAAAACAAAUGUAUAUAUGGAUUAAUUGUAUUAUAUUCUAUUAUAAAUAAACACUCACUGCCCAGAUAAGAAUCUUAUAAUAUUUUAUUAUAAGCAGUAAAGUUUAUUCUUUGUACAUUUAUUAAUAUGUUUAUUUAUGUUAUGUAUUAUUAAGUGCAGAUGAUAUAUUGUGUUUAAAAUCUGCAUAGUUAGAAAUAUAUCUAAAUUUAUUUCUAAGCACUUUAUUUAUGUUGCAGUAAAAUUACUUUAUCCUGAAUAAAUAUUUGUGAGGUUUUUUUUUUGGUAAUGAAAUAAAUAUUUGGUGCAAUUAAACUUCACACCUUGCAUUGUUUUUUUUUUCUACAUUUUUGACCUGUUAAGGAAAACAUUGUUGACAUGUCUCUCCAAACCAUCACAGACCAUC